GUAUUGAUUCAUGAUUUUAUCGCGGGAUGUUUGCAGGGUUAAGAAGUUGACGAAAAUGUCAGAGAAUAUGGCUCUUGGAAUUCUUACUGGGGUUGUGAAAGUCUCUGGAUUCUUUACAAGUCCAAUUGUGAACUCUAAAGUGGGCAAGAAAUUUUUUAGCCUAAUGCCAGGAGAAAUUGUUCUUGCUUCCUUGGAUGGAUUUAAUAAGGUGUGUGAUGCUGUUGAAGUUGCUGGAAAGAAUGUCAUGUCAACCUCGUCAAUUGUGACAACUGGACUUGUCUCACACCGAUAUGGAGAAGAAGCAGGGAAGGCAACAAAUGAAGGGUUUGAUGCUGCUGGUCAUGCUAUUGGCACUGCCUGGGCUGUCUUCAAGAUAAGAAAGGCUCUUAACCCAAAAAGUGUCUUCAAACCAACAACUCUUGUAAAAGCUGCUGCACGGGCAAAUUCUACUGAAAUGAAGCCUAAAAAUAUACCAAUUAAAGACUGAAGACAACUAAUCUUGUACUUGUUUUUUUUUUUGAACAAGUAGGAAAUCCCACAAGGCUGCUUUUUAGUUUGUUGAGUUUGUAAUAGCUUGUCAGGGAAUGCAAAUCUCUAUCUGUAUGUGUUGAUUUCGUUUUACUUCUCUAAUGGAUGAUUUUAAGGGAUCAA